AUGAAUCGAACGCGCGACCGCGACGACGAUAAUGUUCGUGUCGUGGUACGCUGUCGCGGCAGGAACCAGCGGGAAACGAGCGCUAACUCUAAAAUAGUAGUGGAUCCAAGCAGCGACACCCAAAUAUGUCUCACCGCCCGCCCGGGCGGUCCUACAAAAGUGUACACAGUCGAUCGGGUAUUUGGUGCUGGUACAGAUCAACGCACAUUGUACGAGGAAACCAUCCAACCUCUGGUUCAAGAUUUUAUAUCAGGUCUCAACUGUACAGUAUUUGCCUACGGACAGACUGGCACAGGUAAAACUUACACAAUGAGUGGAGAUUGUACAGAUCGUCACAAUGCACGAGCGGGAAUCAUACCACGAGUUUUGGAGCAACUAUUCGAGCACCUGGAAAGGCAGAACAAGGAUUGGAGCGUUUCGUGUCAAUAUGUUGAGAUCUAUAACGAAGAACUGAGAGACUUACUUUCAGAGGGCGAGUCGCCAAAGCCUCUGCGCUUGUUGGAUGAUACUAUUAGGAAAACCGUUAAAAUACGUGGGCUCGAAGAGGUGUUCACUACAAAUGCCGAAAAUGCACUGAAAUUAGUAGUACGUGCGAAUUCAAGACGGAAAGCUGCUGCUACGAAGCUCAAUGCAUGCUCAAGUCGAAGCCAUGCGAUCUUCACGUUGAAACUUUCCACGACAACGAGAAAUAACGAAGUUGUAUCGUCAAAAAUACACUUGGUAGAUCUUGCUGGCUCAGAAAAUAUUGGUCGAUCGGGUGCUGAAAAACACAGAGCCAGAGAAGCAGGAUCUAUAAACCAGAGUCUACUUGUUUUGGGCCGUGUGAUCAGCAGUCUAGUCGACAGAUCUCAGAGGAUUCCUUACCGCGAUUCAAAACUCACUAGAAUUUUGCAAGAUUCGUUGGGAGGCGCUACGAAAACAUGUCUUAUUGCUACUCUAAGCCCUGUAGACGACGAUGCUGAAGAGUCUUUGUCCACGCUUGAAUAUGCGUCGAGAGCAAAGAACAUCAAAAACCACCCACAAGUUCUGCCAACGGUUCCCAAACCUAGUAUGUUGCGUGAGCUAGCUCUUGUAAAUGAGAGUCUUAGGAACGAGCUGGCUGCUCAGCGCGAUCACGAUAAUGGCGUAUUCUUAUCGAAAUUAAAAUACGAGCAACUUCAGUCGGAGGCUGAAAGUAAGACGCAGGAAGUUGCUGAAACUAAUAGUCGAAUGAAAAUCCAGGCUGAAGAGAUCGCUAGAUUAGAGGGUCUUUUACAAUCGUCGCAAGUGUUGAAUGCAGACACCAGGAGACAGCUCGAAGACAUUACCGAAACUGUCACAGCACUUAAUUCUGAAAAUCGGGACCUGUCCGAACGUUCAAGCACUCUUAUCAGUGAAAAUACGCGACUCAGCGAGCGUGCUUAUUCGCUUGAAGACGAAUUGCUCGAACAGCAGCGAAUGCAUUACUCUCAGCAACAGAUAUGGGACAGCUUCCGAGCGCAAAUACUUGGUUCAUUAUCGGAGCAUCAGCAAGCAGUCAAGUCACUCGAAGAGUCACUGAUUACACGUGAAGCCAACCUCCGAAAAGAAGUAGCAGCGCUUCUUCAUGAGAUCGAGCAGGGCGUAGAGGCUCUUGAGCACCCACCCUUAAUGUCAUUUGACUCGGGGAGUGAACUAAAGCGUAGCUGCAGAGUUGACAUAGCCCGUGGAAUUGAGUCCAUCGAGCAAACUCUUACAAUGGCCCUGCAAUCUGCCCACGCAAACGUCAAGACGCUGUUCGAUAAUGCCCGUACCCCCUUGAACAUGGCCAUUGGCUACGUCCAAGAAUUAAAGCGUACACUUGAUCUCGAUUCUACAAACUCUCGUGUCGUUGCACAGCUGGCAACCGAGUCCAAAGCGUUUUUUGUUGCCUAUGAGCAACACCUAGCGUUCCUGCGCGAGCAAGAACGGCAGCGAACCAAAGAAAGCACAGAAGCGGAAAAUCGGAUUAUUGAAAGUAUACGCAGUGCGUUCGCCACACAUCGCAAUAGCCACCUGCUAGAGAAUGUUCCCGACCCGACUGGGCUUGAGCAUCGGAUUGAAACCAUCACUCAUACUAUAGGAUCAGCAAACGCUGUAACAGAAAACAUGCAACUUCUUGAGCGGGCCCUUUCCAGCGCGAAAUACCAUCUAGAACUUCCGCCUAUCAAUACAACGGAACUUCCGGGCGUGAACUCUUUUGUCAAAUCCAUGUCGACCUCUGUCGAUGAGGCAAUAAGUGGUCUUGAACAGAAGGCGAGAGAUGCUAUUGAAACUACUCAGCAAAGCUACCUAGGCAAGUUUGAAGCUGCUCAAUCUGAACUGAGCAAUGCACAGGAACGGAUCCGUUCGCUUGCAGUCCCCGAUGAUGUACAUGAGACGCCUCGUGCACACGUUGAUGACUCCAUGCGACAACUGCAGGGGAUCGCUGAGAACAUACGUUCGUGCGAUGGCAAUUAUGAUGGUCAGGGCCAACCCGAUGACGCAAACCGUGGAGUAACUGUUCGCGUGCGUCCUGCAGCAAGUCCGGUGGCUGCCCUUCGGGAGAUCGUUAAUGACGAUGUGAUUGCUUCGCGUAAACGUCGGGCCACCAAGGAGCGUCCCUCUAGCAGCUGUAAAAAGCCUUUGCGUAAUAUUUAUUGA